AGGUUAAACAUUUCGACAUGUUCAUAUUGUGUAACAACUACAUAUUGUAACCUUUCUAUAUUCACGUAUUCGUUACCGUUCAACUAGUUAUUGCAAUUUUCGUCCAAGUGUAUCAACAGAUAUUCAUGUAAUCAUACUUUGUGUAGUAUUUACCUCUUGGUAUUUUACGCCAAAGUAUUAUUAUCAUGUCAGGGGAUAAAAUACCUCAAACCAGAAGUCAUCAAGAGCUUACUAUUUUGUCUACGUAUUCUAACCAGGAUGACUCGAUGUUGGAAUCAAUAGAUGGGAUCUCUUUGGAAAAUGUACAUGCCGUAUCACUUGAUUAUCUGCACGAAUGUAUGAGUGAUUUGGAAAGCAAGGAUUCGGGCAUACGCUUAUCACCUGAAUCGCCUGACAUGUUUGGAACAGAUCCGCGCUUGGAUAAAUUCACAGAUCGGGAUUUGGCGAGUCUUGAUAUUGAUCUGAUAAAAGAAGACGUUCUAUCUCUAAGAAACGGAUGCAGCUUUGAAAGAGAAGAUGUUAUGCCAUCCAAAACUAAUUGUAAGAACAACAUUGCCCAGACCCAAACUUUACCUGAAAUUUCAGAAUCUAUAGUGGGAAUUUCAAUUAAAAAUUAUCAUAACAUAGAAAACUUACAUGAUGAGAGGGAUGAAGUGUUUGAGAAGCUUCAGCAGAUUCACAAUAAAGGUAUCUACCCGGAAUUAAAGUUGGAUAAAUGCAAGGAAAGUAGAUCUUCAGAAUUUAUUGAUGAAGGACGUAAUGUAAUCAAUCCUACAGAAUGCUCGAUCAGAGUAUCCAGCAGUGAUUAUAGUACAGAUAGAGAUUCAGAAUUUGAAAAAAACUCUGACAAUGAAGAGCUGAACCUUGAUAAUCUGGACGAGAGUAACAAGUUGUGUGUUGACCAAAGUAAGGUGGAAACAUUACCUGAAGCUUGCGAACAGUGCCCUAUGACAUUCAAGUACAAAAGACACUUAGACCUUCAUUUAGAGGGGCAUCAAAAAAAUAAUUGCCCUCAUUGCAAUGCUAAGUUUGCUAGAAAGAAACAUCUGGAUGUCCACUUAUACCGGUUGCAUGGAGAACGUAUAACCAACUAUCCUCAUACCUGUGAAGUAUGCUUGAGGGGUUUUCCAAAGCGGCAGCUGCUUAAUCGACACAGAGCUAAUCACCAUUACCAGAAAGGAAAAAUGUGCACAGACUGUGGAGAAGUAUUGGAAACAAGUUUAGAUGCCAGAGAACAUCAUGAAAAACAUAGUCGUGAGAGAAGGUUUCAUUGUGAUAAAUGCCCACAGGUCUUCAGCAUGGAACAAAAGUAUUUGUUACACAUGAAAAAUCAUGAUACCUACAAAUGCCCUCGAUGCGAGGCAACAUUUGCCUCUAAAAAAAGAACCAAUGAACAUUAUAGAAUAAACCAUUCAGCCAAACAGCCUAAACAGCCUGAAACCUCUAUUAAGGGGAUGUUUUACUGUUCAGAUUGCCGACACAAUUUUAUGACCAAAGAUAGUUACCUGCGGCAUAUGAAGACUGCAUUGCAUCUGAGUAAAAUGCAUGCAGAAGUACCUUUAAAAGAAUUAUUCACCUGUUCAAUUUGUUCCAAACAAUUGACGUCACGCAAAGCCUUGGACCAGCAUGUGAGGAGAGUGCAUAGAGAUGUGAAAAAGUUUUCCUGCGAUACCGAAGGUUGUGAGUUCCAUUCUACGAAUAAAAGUGACUUGGAAAGACACAGACAGCUACACAUAGGAGAGAGGAAUAUUGUCUGUGAACAUUGUGGAAAAACUUUUACUACCGUCAGUAUACUUAAAGACCACGUGCUUUACGUACAUAACAUGGAGAGGCAAUUCGUCUGUGAAGAAUGUGGCAAGGCAUUCAAAAGGAACAGCUUACUCAACAGGCACAAAAUGUCUCAUCAACAAAUUAGACCCUUUUCUUGCGAGCAGUGUGGAGCAGCGUUCAAACGAUCUCAUCAUUUGACUAGACAUAUGGAAUCUUGUCACAGAAUCACAUUAGAGAAAAAAAAGAAGGUAGUUAAAUUGAUGAAAACUGAAGAUGGUCGUUUGGUGCCAAUUCCCGAGGAACCGAAGAAGCCCAAAGUGAAAAAAGUUAGAGUGAAAAAAGAAGCGCACUCUAUUGGCCAUAAAGAUUCUGGUUCUAGUGUAAUGAGUGGCAACGUUAUUAGUAAAGAUAAUGUUGCAUUGCCUUUGGGACUAUCACCUGUUACACCGAUGUCCACAAUUACAAAUUCUGAAUCAACUGAGACAUCUUUGGGAUUAUCAAAUCCAAUGCCUGAAGUUGAUUCUGUGCCUCAAGUAUUAUCGCUUGUUGAUGUUAAUUCUGGUCAAGUAGUUACUGUUGAGGUGACCAAUCCUGAUACUCUACCGUUAACAGAUUUGGUAGAUCAGUUUGAAGCUAAUUGCAAUGAGAUACUCGGUCUGACAGGUUAUCCAGAGCUGGAAUUCCAAAAUAGUAUAUUGAGUACAGAACAGAGUUACUACAAUCAGGUCAAUUACGUGGAGUUACCUUUGGAGGGUGUUGAAGAAUCAUCUCUAUUGUUAGAUCCAAAUUCUAGUAAAAUGGACAGCUUACCAGCUAUAGAGAAUUAUUUAACGCAACCAUUUUCUCCAUUUUUGAAUCUCUGAAUUAGUCUAGUUAUUAUUGGUAACAUGACCAGAUAUUCUGAAGGGCCGGUAGGCAGGGAAUCAUAAGCUUGACAGUACACGGCCGCCCAGAUAGUAGCUACAUGUAAACCAACAGUUUUCAAUAUUUAUAUAAGAUGUAGAAAAGUGAUCUGAAGCUUAACUAUUGUCUCCAAUCAGAGCCUGUAUUUUCAUGAUAAUGCGAUACGUGAGACGACAAUUCGUCGCGAAAUAUUACUGGUAUAUUUUUGUAGUUUGUUGUCUUGAAGAAAUAUUUAGUUUAGUCUAUGAUGUAAAUUAGCUUUAACACAAGAAAUGUCAUGAAAGCCUUGGAAAGUGGCGACAGUUCAGUAUUAACAUUGUAUAUCCAAGAAAAACUACUAUUUCUAAGUUUUAAUUAUUGAUAAAUUAUUUCAAAUAAUGUAUUACAUUACUAGAUAAUUAGAUGCAGAAUAAAAAUAAUAUAUAAGUA